UGAUCGGUUGAGCCGGAAGUGGAUGACGGGGGAGUAAAAUGGUUUAGUGCGGAGGUCGUGCAGGUGCGUGACGAUGACUUACCGCACAUUUCCUGCCCAGGUAGCCGAACAAGCAGUCGUUCUCCUGCGGGGUUAGCAGCAUGGAGCCCGCGUUAGCGGCCCUGCGGGGCAGCGGGUGGCUGUUCAUGACUCGACGACGAGCGAACCCUGCUAACGGUGUUUAUUUACGCCACAUCCAGGCGGGCGGCGGACGCGGUGGCCUCCAGCCCGAUCAUUUGCGCCGACUGCAGGGGCUGGAGGGCGGCCAAGGACCGGGCGUGCCCCGGGACUGCACCUGCUUCCAAAACAAACUUAUAUUCCUCUCUUCGGCGUCAAAUCACGCAAAUUAUCCCCCCCAAUGUACGCGUCUUGAGUGGAACAAACGCACAAGUUCGAUCGUAAAAAGUCGAGCGGCCGCAGCAGCGAUGCGUCCAUCCAACAUGGCAACUACAUGGACGAUACCACCAGGCCGACAACACAAGGGGGGGUUCAACUAGGUCCUAACACGUCCACUUCCGCUGCGGCGACCAAUAAGAUCUCGGCGAACCCCCAAAACCCUUAGGAAUAAAUAUGAGGAAUUAUAAUAUCCUCAGUAAAAAGCGCCAUUAUUAAGUGCAGUUUUAAACGUCGAAAGUGGUUUGGUCCGAAGAACGCAGCUCUGCAGAGGCAAAGGGAGGGGCGGGGUCAGCGUGACGUCACAAGCCGAGACCAGAUGGCGGACGCGGAGACGUAAACAAGAACCCCAAGAAGUCCUGAAAUAUUAAUAACGUUUUGUUGGCCGCGUGUUGACACAAUUGACCGAAAGCUUUUAUUGGCCAAAACUGUGGCUGAAAAAUACGGAGAGAGAAAGAACAUUCGGGAAAUGUCCAUAUUUGGAUAUAAAUAGCAAGCAUGCACCCAAAACAUACUGAACAUAUUUAAUCGGAAUAAAUAAUGAACAUAUAAUACUUUUAAAACAUAUUUAUCAUUCCUAUUCGUCACUACACUCAAUCUAGUAAUCACCCAUACUUUUAGUUAACGGCGGCGUAUAUCAAAGGGGGGGAGGGGCUUGCUCCCUCGUUGCCAUGGCAACGUGUAAACUGAAGCCCUCCGUGUUGCUAACGAACGCAGCCGCCUCUCGGCUCGUCGGUCAAAAAAUUGCAGUGAGGAAAGAAUCAUGUCGGAGGAAGAGCAGGAGGGCAACACCUCACAGGAGGACCGAGGGGGUCUGGACGAGGAGCGGCAGGUGGGCAGGUCUAGUCCAGACGAGCAGCAGACUGAGGCCACGACUGAACGAUCUGAGAACGAUGAAGAAAAUGUGGAAAAUGCAUCAGCUGUAGAGGAUCAGCAGACGGAGGCUACGACUGAACAAUCGGAAAAUGAUGAAGAAAAUGCAGCAGCUGCAGCAGAAGAGCAGCAGUCCAAUAAUGAGGGGGAACAGGUGAAAAAGUCAGCUGCUACAGAAGAUCAGCGGACUGAGGCUACGACUGAACAAUCGGAAAACGAUGACGAAAAGUCAGCAGCUACAGAAGAUCAGCAGACUGAGGCUACGACUGAACAAUCGGAAAACGAUGGAGAAAAGUCAGCAGCUACAGAAGAUCAGCAGACUGAGGCUACGACUGAACAAUCGGAAAACGAUGGAGAAAAGUCAGAAGCUGCAGAAGAACUGCAGGCUGAUGGAUCCAACAAUGAGAGGGAACAGGUGGAAAAGUCAGCAGCUGCAGAAGAACCGCAGACUGGACAAACCAACAACGAUGAGGGAAAUGGGAAAACAUCUGCAGAUGAGCAGCAGGCUGACGCUCCGACUGAACAAGUGGAGAAGCCAAAAGCUUCGGACGAGCAGCAGGCCGGUCAGUCCAACAAUGAGGGAGAAAUUGGAGGCCCUGCAGUUGAGCAGCAGCAGUCUGACGCUCCCACCGAGCAGGCCAACAAGGAUGAAGGCAACGUGGGACAGUCUACAGCACCAGGCACAAUGGCGGAGGACGAGAAGAGCGUAGCAGAGGUCAGCGACUUGCCUCCCGGCGCCGUCACCGUGGCAGAGCAGGAAGACACGCCCCACGUCACCGAUGCCAACCUGCAGACUGAUGAUGGCGCUGUCCACAAGGUGCCGGUGGAGAUCGAGCGUGCCUGCCAGGAAAAAGACUUCCUGGGCGGCUACAGGCACAAGUUGCUGGGCACAGAAUACCACCAUGCCGCGGCCCAGACUCGACCCAGGAGGAGGCCCGACCGAGGGGUGGUCGUGUUCAGCCGUGACAUGCAGACUGUGGACCUGAUCUCCGAGCCCCAGCAGUGCCCGUCCAGCGUCACCACGCAGAUGACCAGUGUCGGCUGUUACAUCUCCAACCUCACGGACAAGCUGCUCAGCCCGAGAGGUUACAUCACGGCCGACGAAUACCACUCCACCCGACUGAACGCCGUGAUACGACUGCAGGCGCACAUUCGCCGCUGGCUCAGCACCCGGGCGGUGGAACGUCUGAGGAGACAGCGCGACCGGCGGCUGGCCUGGAUGGACCUCCAGGAGAGGAGGAGGCGGGAGGAGAGGGAGGAGCAGAUGCAGGACAGCCGCAACCGCUGGAGCCAGCCGCAGAAGAGGGAGGACCUCAACCUGCUGUACCACGCCCUGGAGAAGUGGAGGAGUGACAAGGAGCACCAGAUCAACACCACUCUGCGAGGCUCCGAGAGGAAGGCCGCCCUCUGUUCGCUGUUGGAGCAGGAGACGCAGUACAUCGCCACCAUCGGGCGCCACGGCAUCGCCAUCAGGAGCAACAACUACAACAAAGCUGUCAGGAAGUUCCUGGACAAGUCGUCCACGCCUCAUCAGUGGCGAGCGGCAGACGGCCGCCUGAUCGAGAUGGACACUCCUGACACCAUCAGGGCCCGAGAGCUGGGAGAUCUUUACGACUGUGUGGCCAUGUCGCCCAUCAGCCAGGAGCAGAGGCUGGACAUCCUGCUAUGCCUCAAGCAGACUGUGGAGGAGCACCCGUGUCAGCUGACACGAGACAUCGUGGAAUUGCUGCACCGGGAGGAAGACCUGAUGAGACGUCAGGUCAAGUCGACCAACCUGGAGGGUCUGAGGAAGAGACUUUCCACACUCUUCCUCCAGUUCAUCAGGACCCCGGGAUUCAACCCUGAAGUGGCCAAGCACCUGAAAGUGCCUAAGAGCCCCUCCAUGCUGAAAAACGACGUCUUCCUCUGCCACGGCUGCCAGCGCUACCUGUGCUCCUCCCAGUUCCGCUCGUGCGCCAAAGCCCACCUGGGCCGGCGCUGUCUGGACUGCACCAGACUGAGAAACAUCGCCGGGAGCCGUGACGACUUCUCCUGCUACAAGAACAUGCUGAAGAGACUGCGGGACAACGAGCUGGUCCUCAACAAGGACAACACCAUCCCCUUCCUCCUGCAGGUGGAGGACCUGCAGUACCUGGUGGAGGUGAUCUGGGGCGCCCGCUCGGCCCUCAGCGCCUGCAGCGACCCCUACAGCUUGGCGCUGGUCCGGUGGGAACGCCACAAGGACUGGAGCCCCUGGAACUGCCUCCUGCUCAGCAAGGAGGAGGUGGCCGCUCACCUGCAGGUGGAGGACGUGCACAAGGUGUACGACGCACCUGUCAUCCACAGCGUGGAACACAAGCACCUGCUGGCUCGCCGCCAGUACAACCAGAUCCCCACCAUGGUGACGCAGGCGCCCAAAGCCACCAUCGCCAAGUACGGCAAGUUGUUUGCGUCGGGGCGCAUUAAAGGGAAGACCAACUGACAGCCCCGCCGUGAGUCCUUGACCACAUACAUGAUCUUCUCACCGCUAAGUCUAUGGCUACUUUUUCAAAAAAUGUGCGGCCAGCUCGAAGUAUAUUUCAUUUUGAGCCCCCCCUCAGUUACAACUUCUUUCACACUUUUUUAAAUCAACUUGCAUAUAUCUAGUGCUUACUUUGUACGAAAACAAAUUACCGAGCAAGAAAGUGUGCAAUUAUUUAUUUUUGUAGUACAAAAUAACACAUUUAAAAUAAAUAAAGCUGGAUAUCUUCACUGAGCAGGAUUCACUUAUUAUUGUGUGAACGCUCCAAAGCCUUCACACAUAUG